GUUGACGAAUGCCUAAAUGGUAUCCAUGGGUGCAUCAGGGAUGUGGCAACAUGUGUAAAUGUACUCGGAUCCUACUAUUGUAUUUGUAACCAUGGAUAUACGGGGGACGGAAAAACCAGUUGCAUACCUGAAGGUGAGUUAUUUUUUGUCACCUACGAGGAAAAUAUGAGCAAGAUAAUUAUCGGAAAAGUUUAACUCAUAGAAUCAAUAUUUCUUUCAAUGACUGCAUCUCCUCUUUUUGCCUCCUGUUUUUAUUUAGUUCUUUCACGUGCUAAAGUUAAAAAAUAACCAAAUUUGAGCUAACUUAAAGCACCGGAGCAUGCGCAGUUUUAGAUUGAGAGUCGCGAGGCCAAAACCAAAGUAAUCAAAACCAGUGACGACAGCCAAUCACAAGAAAGGAAAACACAUAUAAGAGCCGAUGAGAACUCAAAGUAAAAACUACCAAACUGCCUGAAGCCCGGGCGACCAAGUUUCGGUUGGUUUUAGGUUUGUUUCUGAUCGGUUGAGAGAAAUCACAGAGCGAGGUAAAUCCGGGUUACUCUCGACACUCCAUUCAAAAAUCGUCUAAAAGAUAAGGAGGUAGCAUUUGUGGAAAUCAAUUUGCCACUAAUGAUUAUUUAGAAUGUCGAAGAUACACAAAAUUGACGGACAAGACCAGGAAAAACACGUACGUCACCAAAAACAAAAAAUGCGACAAUCACCUUGGUCCCGGCUGGUUUCGUUUCCAAGGAGAUGCGGGAACAAAGAUGCCGACUGUAUGUCAACCCAUGUCGAGAUGUGAGACGUAUGGAACAGGUUGGCUGCGCGGCACUCAUCCAUCAGUGGCUGAAGGCGCAGUUAACAAAACAGUUUGCUUCCGAUAUCAUAGUUGUUGUAAACAUUCAGUUACUAUUCGAGUGAGGAAUUGUGGGUCAUACUAUGUUUAUCAUCUGAUUAAUACCCCAGCCUGUACUUUAGGCUAUUGUGGAACGGAUUAA